ACCGGGAUCUACGAAAAUAUUUCUAUCUAUUCGUUGUUAAAAAAUUAAGAAAAAAAGUAAUAAAUAAAAGAAGAAUAACAGAAAUCUGCAAAUGCGAAGGGGCACAGUGAUAACGAAACAAAAUGGACGCAAGAUGAAUGGCUGCAACAAGCGAUUAGGUUGAAUCCUCUGGGUUACCAGAUUUUAACUAUUAUCGCCAAAUUUGGCAAUGUUUACAUUCACCGGGUUCUCUCCGGAAGUGCUUCCUUACUGCUCAUCAUAAAGUCGCCAAAAGUAGCCAAAUCCCCUGUGCACCGGAUAAUAGGAUUAAACCUAAUGAUGAAGACCCAAGUUCUGUAUUAUUGUAUAUUUCUUCAUAUAUAAUUUUUGUUUUAUACCUCCAUAUCGCAUAAAUUAGCUAUGGCCAAUAAAUCGACUGUUGCUCAGCCAAUUGUCACUCUCGUUCAGAAGAUCAUACUGUAUAAAACAAAAGGGAGAUAUUACUUAGUGGGCUGUAAUAAUACAGAAAGUAAGUUUCGAGUGCUGAAAGUUGACCGUACUGAAUCAAAAGAAUUGAACGUUGUUGAUGAUAAGGAUUUCAAACUUUCACAGCUAUGCAUAAUGUAUUUCUGCAGCAUAAUUAACAUUUUUAGCUAUUCAUGAUCAAAAAUGGAACGUCAUGGCUUGGAUAAAACCCUCUAAUGACACAAAAACUAUUACUAUCUACAGAUAUAGAGAAGAACUAUGAUAAUCCAUGAAUGCCUGUAAUCUGUGCUCAUUUUUAAAUGUAAACAAAUGGAAUUUUGUUUUUGGAAAUUUAACAUAGUUAAUUUUUCUCUUACAAAUUUGCAAAUUUUUGAACAAAAAGGCAUUCUGUUUAUACCUUAUUGUGAGGAAUUUCGCUUUUUUGAACGUCACCCGGGUUGUUUCUUAGAUCGAUGCAGAACCGUUGAGAAAUCGCGACCGGCAAAUGUGUGUGUGUGGGGGGGG